AACAGCAGUCUCAAAGUUCUUUUAGCUGUUGGCCAUUCGUGAGCUUAUAGACGUCGACACUCGAAUUAUAUAUAUCCGAUGAGAUUUCACCACCUGUUGAUCGUUUGCGUCUGCUGGUUGGCCGUCCUAUCGACGACUAGCGCUACCUUUUCGGGUUACAGGUUUAAAAGGCCUUACUUUGCUGCUGCUCCCGUCGUCAGCGGUUGGCCUGUCCGCCAAUAUCAUCAAAUUCCCGUCCGCAAUGCUCCGGUUGCACCACCACCGGCAUUCGGCGGAAUCCGGAAUAAUGGCAUGCGCUUCCGCCGACAACGGCCCACUCAGAGGCCAGUCAAUCGAUGGAGAUUUGUUCACACGCUUUACGAUUACGAGCACCCAGACCACCACCACAUUUACCACAGUUAAUUUAAUUUAAUUAUUAUUUCAUCAAUGAUUGGAUGGCCCUGUAUAUAUAGGGCCUACAAGGCGGCGGCUGAGGUAUAUAAGUAUAGUAGCGCAGUUUCCCGUGGAUUAUUCUAUAUGAUUGUCGAUGAUUAACUAACCUUUUGAAAACAUGAACGCCGAAUGUUAUUAGCACAGAUUAAGUUCCAAACUUUUCCGAUUCCUCUUCAACCUAAUAGAACGUGAAUGUUUCACCUGUUUCGUACUAUGUGCUGGUUUUAUUCCCUUGUUUUUGUUUUUGACCCAAAAAAUUGUUUCACGAUUUUGUGUUAAUUAUGAAAAUAAAAAUUUAGUGAAGAA